UCAUGAGCGUUCCCUACUACGAAUUGAUCGAUAUGCUCUCUUUAAGUUUCAAAUCGAAGAAUUGAAAGAACAAAGCCUGGUUAAACCUCGGCAAGAAUAUUGAUCUGGAAACAGGAUGUUGAUGUGAUAGUAAAACAUCGUACUUGUCCAUUAAAUUACAUAUAAUCAAGUGAUAUUUCACAAUUCUCUUGCGUUCUACAUUUAUAUACAAAAACAAUGUCUUCAGAUAGAGAGUACGAAUUGGUCAUCUUCGGAGCCACAGGAUACACAGGAAAACUUACAGCGGAACAUGUUGCCACACAUCUACCUACAGAUCUUCGUUGGGCUUUAGCAGGUCGUUCUGCCAGCAAGUUAGAGGCUGUUGCAGCUGAAUGCAAGUCUUUAAGUCCGGAUAGAGUACAACCAGCCAUUGAAAUCUGUAACUUAGAUGAUGCAGAGCUAAGUGCAUUGGCUAAAAAGACAAAGGUCAUCCUGGCAACAGUUGGCCCUUAUGCUCUUCACGGCGAACAUUGCUUCAAAGCAUGUGCCGAAAAUGGUACACAUUAUUUCGAUGUCACAGGAGAAGUACCAUGGGUAGCUAAGAUGAUCAAGAAAUAUGAAAGCAGCGCUAAAGCUAGUGGCGCUGUUCUCAUUCCUCAAUGUGGUAUUGAAUCCGGUCUACCUGAUUUGAUUACUCGAUGUGCUGUUGAUGCUGUUCGGGAAAGACUAUCUGCACCUACUGGUGAAGUUAUCGUAUCUUUACACGAGAUGAAAGCCAAACCUUCCGGAGGAACCUUAGAAACAGUUUUCACACUCCUGGAAGUAUUCAACCUUAAGCAACUCAAAGAUGCAUUUACUCCAUACGCUCUAUCUCCAAUACCUGGACCAAAAGUUCGCCCAUCUACAUCUCUCAUCACCAAACUUACCGGAAUCAAAGUAGUACCGGACUUAGGAAUUCUUACCACUUCUCUUGCAGGGUCAACUGAUUUAGCUAUCAUUCAUCGAAGUUGGGGGUUAUCUAGCGAGCAGCAAUUCUAUGGUCCUAAUUUCAAGGUCGAGGAAUACAUGAAAGCAAGAAACUAUCUCACUGGCAUAGCGAUACACUUUGGUCUCAUUCUUGGUGGUCUAUUCUUGUCAAUCCCAUUUUUCAGACAUACGGCCAGGAAAUAUGUUUAUCAACCAGGAGACGGAGCCACAAAAGAGGAAACCAAGUCUGAUCGAGUCGAGUUCCGAGCUAUUGCUAAACCGGACAAUGAUCAAGCAAAUCCUCCGAGAAUCUUCUGUCGGGAAUAUUAUGAAGGUUCAAUCUAUGGAUUGACUGGUUUAUUGAUUGCCCAGGGUGCAAUUUCAUUACUUCGAGAUGAUCACAAACUGUCAGGUGGUAUCUAUACUCCAUCUAUGCUGGGUGAGAAAUACAUCAAUCGCCUUCAAUCCGCCAAUGUCAAAUUUGAGACGAAGGUAUUUGAGAAUUGAUUUGACUGCAAAGUUUCGAAACUGGUGACUGUAUUGGGAUUGUAGAUUGGUGUAACAAUAUGGCGAAGCAACAAAGCAGUGGAAGCAGAAUGUAAAAUAAAAUAUUAUCAUGUGCUACCAUAACGGGAAUCAUUGAUUCCGAAAGAUACAUCUACGUAUUGACAUUGUGGAUCGAUAUGAAAUCCAGCUCAGUAUAUCUUUAGCUC